AGGAGGUGGGGGCUGUGGGCUGGAACAUGAAGGUGCUGCAAUUUGGGAGCACCUGAGAGGAUGCCCGGGGUGAAGGGAUUUGCAGAGGGCUUGAGCCUGGUGGCUCCGAGGUUGUUGAGCACCAAACACGGCAAGGAGGGGCAGGGAUCCCUCUGGCUCUGGCGAUGGCUCCCCCAUAACCAGUGAAGUCACUGGGCUCAGCCCAGGCCAUGGCAUGGAAGUUUGUCUCCACUCUCUGGCUUGGCUCCACCUGGAUGAGUGUCCAUACCUGGGAGGACCCCAGAGGGGGCUGGAGGAAGCAUCACACACAUGGUCCCAUCCUUGGUGCACACGGGGUUUGCGUGUUGGGAGCUUGGCAUCUUGGUGACAUCAGCCCUCAGCGAUGUCACCCAGCUGGUCCCCACACCUGGCCCAGCCAGGGGCUCUGACAGGCUCGGGUGCCACCAGAUGCAGACCAGAGUUCGAGGCUCUUGCAGAGAGGAGGAUUUAUUGCUUCUGUUCUUCUGCCACCUGCAGGACAGAGGAAAACCUUGGCGAUCCCUCUCAGCCCUCAGCUCCCUGGACCGUUUUCCACUUCCCUGCAUAGCUGGAUGCUCCUAACCUCCAUAUUCUCUGGUUUUCCAUGCCAGUUCCCAGCCCUGAGAGCAUGGCUUGGAAGGAAAGGGGUACAAGCCCACCGUCGUGUUUCAUCCAGCGCCUGGACCACCUUGUGCUGACUGUGAAGAGCAUUGAGGACACCGUGGCCUUUUAUUCCAAAGUCCUGGGCAUGGAGGUGGUGACUUUCAAGGGCAAUCGCAAAGCUUUGUGCUUUGGCCAGCAGAAGUUCAACCUGCACGAGGCUGGGCAGGAGUUCGAGCCCAAGGCCCAGUGCCCCGUGCCCGGCUCUGCGGAUUUCUGCCUGAUCACAGCAGUGCCCCUGGAGCAGCUGCUGGAGCAUCUGCAGGCCUGUGGGGUGGCCAUUGAAGAAGGUCCUGUGGCCAGAACUGGUGCUGUGGGUCCAAUAACCUCCAUCUACUUCCGAGACCCUGACGAGAACCUGGUUGAGGUUUCCAAGUACUGUACAGAUGUGGCUGCAGGCACUGAGGGGGAGCCCUGACCAUAGCCCAUGCUCUGCCUGGGUCCCAGCAGGAGAUGGGGUGCAGAGGCCAGGUUUAACUGGCCCAUUUAAAGGUCCAGUCUUUAAUUGUGUAAGCCUGGGACAAGCCUCAAAUCAUAGCCACACAGAAGGGCUGCAAGGAUGUUGGGAGUUUUCCCAAGGCAGCCUGCUCUGCUCUACUCUGCUCUGGGUGUGAAUCCUGCUUUUAUACAUCUCCAUCAUGGAGAUUUCAUGGCUUUCUGGGAAGAUCUGUCCUGCUGCUGAUGCACUGCAAUUACUGGGACAUCUUCCCUAAUUCUUGCUUUGCCUUUUGCUACACUGUCCACCUGUCACUCCUCUCCUCUCCAGAGUCACUUCCACAGUUGGAAAUUUCUGUCUCACUUCCUUUCAUCCUCCUGCUUCCUGUCUCAAGCUGCCUGGUGCUGGUGGCUCUCCCACCAUGCCAGAGGUUUAAAUCCAGCUGUGACUGUCCAAGCACAUUCCUCCCCUGGGGUUUGGGAAUUUGACCUCAGUGUGACACUCAAACACUCCUGAAAUGGAAGCUCCAAGUUUCAUCUUCAGCUCUGUAUCAAUAAUUGUAGGGUUUCUGUCACUCUGGAAUGGAAGAAGCAGGGAUGAGGAGCCUACAAGAAGGGCAGAGUGUCAAAAGUCCAGGAGUUUACCUGGAUUUAUGCAGGGAUUGAGGAUGGUCUGACGCAGAGGAGUCUGACUCUGAUGGCACCUGGUUACUUGCGGGACUGUCCUGAGUUUUCUUCUUCCUUUAGUUAUUUAAAAAGCUAUUUCAAAGUUGUCUAAAACAACGAAAGACCUGGGGAUUCUCAAGCAGAGCAGUUCCGAGGCUGGCCACACUGAGGUAGCAUCGAUAUCCUCACGGGAAAACCGCUGGAAAAGAGGGAGGACUCUUCUGACCUCUACAGUGCAAGUCCUCUAUAAAAUUGAAACAAUCUCUGAAUCGUACUCAUUUUUUCCUUGCUGGAAUUUCGUGGGAAAUCCAAAAUUCUUCAUGGUGCGGAAAAAGGCAAGGUCACAAAAUAUUCAGUGCUUCGGACAAUCAGCGGGGAUGAGCUGGUUUCCAUUGAGUCCUUUGUGGGAACUAAAGACAGGAAUGCCAUGGGAGAAAGCCACGGGCAUCUCCUCAAAUGGAGAUCCGGGAAGGGAUCCCAGGGAGGGAUCCCAGGGUGGGGAUCCCCGGGAGCGGAGUCCCCUCGGUCCCGGUGCCCGCGGAGCAUCCGGCGGCUGCUCUCCAGGGUGCUGAUGUGCCCCGGCCGUGUCCAGCUACGGCGGGACCCCUGGGGGGUCCUGCCCACGGGAGAGGGUCAAAGCCCUGGGGGAGGGUUAAUCCCCAUGGAACAAGGUUGGUUCCCACAGGAGAGGUCAAAGCCCAUGGCCGGGGGUCAGAGCCCAUGGGAGAGGGUUUCGUUCCCUCCACUGGAGCCCAUCUUGUUUCUGUCCCACACAUCAAUCCCUUGAAGGCCUGGAGGACCUGCCUGGCUCUGGGGCUGUCCCGUUCACCGCAGGGCGAAACACAGAAUGACACUUCUGGGGAUCUCACACCUGACCCAAACCACGGGAAACUCAAAACUUUUCAUGGAAAUUUAUCAAAUAUUUGGAAUGCGCUGCUGAUGGAGGAACUUCUCUUGGGGUGACCGUGUUGGAGCACCGGAGGCUUUGCUGGCUAAUGGUUGUGGUUUUCUCUGGGGGAAAGAACGUGUGGGGCUCAAGGUUUUUCCCUGGAGGAACCACUGGCCAGAGGCCAGCAUUGCAGUUGUCCCUGUCCCAACCUCUGCUGGCCUCCCCAUCUAUUGGAAAAGCCUCUGUAUUGUGGGUAUUCCAAAUAAAACUGAUGGUUUACA